GGUGAGAAAGGAGAUCUGGGGCAAGCAGGUUACCCAGGAGACUCUGGUCUUUCAGGCCCACAGGGCCCAAGAGGACUACGAGGGAUCAGAGGACCUCCAGGACCACAAGGCAUGCCAGGCCCUCUGGCUAGUCUGGGGGCCCCAGGUUCACCUGGCUCCGUUGGGAAGUUAGGUGCAAGAGGAGCAAAGGGUGAGCCUGGUGGCCCUGGAGAGAAGGGCUCAGUGGGACCAGCUGGAUGGAGAGGCCUGCGUGGCGUGGAUGGCAGAGAUGCCUAUGGUCCUGAAGGAAGCAAAGGAGCAAAGGGAGAAUCUGGAUUCAUAGGAUGUCCUGGUACAGAGGGAGAAAAUGGAGAGCCGGGCAUUCCAGGAGCUGAAGGACCCAAAGGAGUUAGGGGUAGAAGAGGUAAUGCUGGCACACCAGGUUCCCUGGGAGAGCCAGGGGAACAAGGGCCAUCAGGACCUAUGGGUGCCAAGGGACCAAUGGGCACCAUUUUAAUGGAACCUUGUGAACUUGUGAAUUUUACACGAAAAAACUGCCACACAUGUCCAGUUUAUUCAACUGAAGUGGUGUUUGCCUUUGAUAUGUCUGAAGAUGUUACGCCAGCUGCAUUUGAAAGAAUGAGGAACAUUGUUAUGUUAUUGCUGAAGACCAUUAAGAUUAGUGAAAGCAAUUGCCCAAGAGGUGCUCGUGUCUCCGUUGUUUCUUUCAAUACCAAUACGCGCUAUCUCAUCCGUUUCUCAGAAUUCCAAAAAAGCAACUUGCUGCUACAAGCAGUCCAGAGAAUACCACUAGAGAGAUCCACUGGAAAACGUAAUAUUGGGGCAGCCAUGAGAUUUGUUGCAAGAAAUGUCUUCAAACGUGUUCGUCAGGGCAUCCUCACGAGAAAAGUUGCCCUAUUUUUUGCCAAUGGUCCAUCACAGGAUGAUGUUGCCAUUGGCACAGCUGUACUGGAGUUGAGUGCCUUGGAUGUCACUCCGGUGGUUAUUGCCUUCAGUGAAGUGCCAAAUGUCAGACAUGCCUUCUCAGUUGAUGAUACUAGAAGAUUCCAAUUGUUUGUUUGGGAAAGACAACAGGAUGAAAAUUUGGAGGUCAUCACAUAUUGUACGCUUUGCUUUGAUAAAUGCAAACCAAGUACCAACUGUGAGGUGCCCUUUUCUCCCCCUAUUCUGAUGGAUAUGGAUAUCACUUACAUCAUGGACAGCUCUCACAGCAUCAGCAGUGAAAAGUUUCAGAGAGCCAAAGACUUUGUGAGCAACAUGCUAGAUCAGUUUGUCAUUUCCUCACAGCCAAAUGAAUCAUAUGGAGGCAUCAGAGUGGCACUGGUGCAACAGGCUCCCAGGGGCUUCCUGCCUGACAGAAACCAGACACCUGUAGCUUUGGAGUUUGAUCUAGUCACAUACAGCAAUAAAGAUUUGAUGAAGAAACAUAUCCAAGAGUCUGUUCACCAACUGGAAGGGCCAUCAGCCAUUGCUUCUGCCCUGCAGUGGACUGUUGAAAAUGUGUUCUUUAAAGCCCCCAGACAAAGAAAACACAGGGUCAUAUUUGCAAUAGUUGGAAGCAAAACAAGCACAUGGGACAGAGAGAAGCUGAGAGAGGUUUCACUCAGAGCCAAGUGCCAAGGAUUCACCUUGUUUACUCUUGCACUUGGCAAUGAUGUGAGUGACAAUCAGCUGAUGGAGUUGUCAAGCUCCCCCACAGACCAGCACUUACUGACACUGGACAGGGUUUCAACAUCUGAGAUGGUAUAUGCUCAGCGGUUUAGCCGGGCAUUUCUAAACCUUCUACAACAAGAGAUGAACAGUUAUCCUUCACCUGAAGUUCAAGAAGAGUGUGAAAAUUUAGAUCAGGAAGACACACAACAGCAAGUGUCUAUGAUUGAAAGGAUGCCUUUUCCUGGAACUGAUGAAACUGGUUACAGUCGUGGUUUAGAAGACAUUGAAAGAACUGAAAAUAAAGUCUUGGAGAAUAUUAGAGAGACCACCACAGAAUCUGUAUAA